AUGGCCGCAAGCCUGGCCAUUCCUCCCGGCGGUAGCAGCAGUAGUAGCCAUGACAUCUUCCCGCGCAAUACCGACGGCACCGACGUUCCCAGGUGGCUAGACGACAACGAUGUCUUCUUUCUCAAGCUGACGUCGCUGACUUGCUCGUCCGUCAGUGUCGUGUUUGCUCUGGUGGCAUUCUACUGGUUUACGCGAAUGAGACGCAGCUUCCGUCACGACCUCAUCAUGCUUCUUAUACAGAGCGACAUGUUCAAGUCACUCUGGUUUAUGAUAUUCGCCGUCGUCGAUUUCGUACAUGGCCCCGUACAAUCCUCGUCGGCGUUUUGCCAAGCCAGCGGCUUCUUCCUAACCGUCGGUGUCGAGGCGUCAGAUGUUGCUGUGCUCCUUAUCGCCAUUCACACCGCCCUCUACAUCUUUAGGCCAAAACGCGCCAACGGCGAAUAUGGCUUAUACCCGUACCGCCCCUACGCUUAUGCCGCCUUCUUCUGCUUCCCCGUCCUCAUGGCAUCUCUUGCUUUUAUUCACAAGCCCUACGGCUACGUGAACCUCGGCGAGAACUGCUUCUUACCUAUCGAACCUUCUUGGCCGCGGACCGUGCUGAGCUGGGUUCCCCGUUAUGUCAUCUUCCUCGCGAUCCUCUUCAUAUACGCUUGUAUAUAUUUAUAUGUUUCGUUUCUUAUGAGGCGGUUCAACCGCAUCAACCUAAAGAGGAACCAAGCGAACUACGCAUUUACGCAAUUACGCGAACCCGAAUCGCCGGCUCCGACCCCGCCGGCGACGACAUAUCAGAUCUCCUCACUGCCGUCCUCAAGGAGGGGGUCGGCCUUUGAUCACACUUGCCGAGAUCGACAAAACUCGGUAUCCACCUUUAGCUCGGUAAAGUUCGACCUAGCAAGAGUUCAGUAUGACGCGCCGGCCCCAACUCAGCGGCACCAAUUCCCAACAAAGUGGAAAUGGCCGAACUCCAACGCCACCGAUCCACCGACUCGGCCGGCAUCGAGACCCGCCGACAAUUUAUCCGACAUUGAGUCUGUCUCACCCACAACGAUCGUCGACUUCGAAGGUGGAGGCAUCAAUUCUCCACGGACCCCCGACACUUUACUAUCGCGCGAUGGAGACGGACUCCCUCUUUCGAUAUUUGCGGCAGAUAAUACGUCGACCGCCGCCCUCAACCAACAACCCGCCCGAAUCAUGUCCGUCGGAAACAUAUCCACAACCACACGCGACGGCGCCGCCGCGGGCCGCGCAUCCUACAGCUCGACGACAUCCUCGUCGGCCCUCUUCGCCGAAACCGAUGCCGACGUAUCCGGCAUGGCCAAGACGCGCGAAAAGAUCCGCCACCAACUCCGCCUCCUCUUCAUCUACCCUCUCGUAUACAUGGUCGUCUGGCUCGUCCCCUUCAUCUCGCACAUCCUCACGUGGGAAGACGACGACGACCUGGUGCCGUUCGGGGUGCUCGUGCUCAGCCUCAUGAGCUUGUGCAUCCAGGGUGCCGUGAACGCGCUGCUGUUUUCGAUCCGAGAGAAGCCGUGGAGGCAUGUGAACAAGACGAAGCUGACGGGGUCCGGGACGUCGUCGUGGAAGUUUGGGGCUGCUCCGAGGAGGAGGCAACCCACUGUGGGGAGGACGAGGGAGGAGAUGCUUGUUGAUGGGCGGAUUGCGCGGCGGAGGCUUGAUGUGGAGAUUGCGGAGAGGAGGUUGAAGAUGCCGUUGGGGAAGAGGAGGAGUCGGCAGUGGUGGGAUGUGGUGGAUGUGGAGCCCCCCAAGGAUAUGGGGUCCUAUGAUGAGGAGGCGUUGGUUGGAAGGUGA